AUGGCUCCAAAUGAAGUUCCUCAAUAUUUCGGGAUUGUUCAAUUGCUUCAACAUUUUGGGUGGAAAUGGAUUGGGCUCUUUGCUGCUGACACAGAGAGUGGAGAACAUUUUUUGCAGAAAUUGGAUCCCUUGUUCUCUGAGCAGGGAAUCUGCUUAGCUUUCACACAAAGAUUUCCCAAAUUAUUACGUUUGGAUGACUUGGGCAUGUUUAGUGAAAUAAUGAUUAAUUUUUAUACACAUUUUGCAGAUGUUAAAGCAAAUGCAUAUAUCAUUUAUGGAGAAUCUUUGACAUUAAUGUGGUUUACAGCUUUCAUAUUUCUCUGGGAUCCUGAGACUAAGGACAAUAUAUCUUUAAGUAAGGUGUGGAUUACUACAAGCCAAAUUGAUUUCAUGCUCACAGGAGCCCAAAAAGAUUGGAAUCUCCAAGGUUUCGAUGGGGCCAUUUCCUUUCAAAUCCAUUCAAGUGAAAAUCUAGAAUUUGAGGAAUUUCUUCAGUCCAUAAAAUCAUAUUCAAGGCACAGAGAUGGAUUUCGAAAACAUUUUUGGGAGCAAGCGUUUGAUUGUUUCUUUCCUAAUUCUGAAUUGUCUUCAAUGGGAAGUAAAAAAUGCACUGGUGAAGAAAACCUGGACAGUCUUUCUGCACCUCUCUUUGAAAUGCAAAUGACUGGUCAUAGUUAUAGUAUCUAUAAUGGAGUUUAUGCAGUGGCUCAUUCUCUGCAUGGACUAUUAUCAAAGAGCUCCAAUGAGAAAAAAAUCUUCACAGGUAAAAGAGUUGAAUCUCUGGAACUUCAGCCUUUUAAGCUCCAUCCAUUUUUUCAAGGCAUUUCUUUCAACAACUCAGCAGGAAGGAUGGUGUUCUUUAGUGAGAAGAGGAAAGUUGCAGGAGAAUUUGACAUCAUCAAUAUAAUUGUGUUUCCAAACAACUCCAUCCGGAGGGUGAAAGUUGGAAGACUAGAUCCUGAUGCAUGUUAUGGAAAUAAAUUGAUCAUUAAUGGAAAUUUAAUUAAGUGGAACAAAGGCUUUAAUCAGGUUGUUCCACUUUCUCUGUGUAAUGAAUACUGUCACCCUGGAUAUUGGAAGAGAAAAUCUGAAGAGAAAAGUUUUUGCUGCUACGACUGUGUUUCAUGCCCACAGGGGAAGAUUUCAAUCAAGAUAGAUACAGAAGAUUGUUCCAGAUGUCUUGAGGAUCAGUAUCCAAGCAAGGAUCAAGAUCGAUGCCUUAACAAAACAAUGAGUUUCCUUUCCCUUAAAGAACCUUUAGGGAUCAGUCUGGCCUCAGCUGCUGUUUCCUUCUCCCUCAUGACAACCAGUGUGCUUGGAAUUUUCCUUAAGCGUAGAGAUACUCCAAUUGUCAAGGCCAACAACCGGGAUCUCACUUACACUCUCCUUAUUGCCCUUUUACUAUGCUUUUUAUCUUCCUUGUUAUUCCUUGGUCAACCAGGAAAAGUAACCUGCCUUCUACGUCAACCAGCAUUUGGCAUCAUCUUCUCAGCUGCUGUUUCUUGUGUAUUAGCUAAAACUAUUACUGUGGUUGUAGCUUUCAUGGCUACUAAGCCAGGUUCCUCAGUGAGAAAAUGGAUGGGGAAAAGAUUGGCCCUUUCCAUUGUCCUUUCUUGUUCUCUUAUUCAAGCAGGUCUUGGCAUCUUGUGGUUGGCAACCUCUCCUCCAUUCCCUGAGUUAGACACGCACUCCCUUAUAAAAACCAUAAUUUUGCAAUGCAAUGAAGGCUCCGUCUUCAUGUUCUAUUGUGUUCUGGGCUACCUGAGCUUCUUAGCUAUUGUCAGCUUCAUUGUGGCUUUCCUUGCCCGUAAUUUACCUGACAGCUUUAAUGAAGCCAAAUUCAUCACUUUCAGCAUGUUGAUCUUCUGCAGUGUAUGGAUCUCCUUUAUUCCAACUUAUCAGAGCACCAAAGGAAAAGCCAUGGUGGCUGUAGAGAUCUUCUCCAUUUUGUCCUCCAGUGCUGGAUUAUUGGGAUGUAUCUUUUUCCCAAAAUGCUUCAUCAUAGUGUUGAGGCCAGAACUAAAUAGCAGGCACCAACUAAUCAAAUGA